AGAAGAAGGUGUCCGUGGUGACAGCACUCAACAUGGCGUUCAAUUUUGGCGGUGCCACGAGCAACCCAGCAGCAAGCACGUCCGGGUUUUCAUUCGGUUCAUUUGGAGCCAAAACUACGCCAUCAACAACAUUUGGCUUCGGCACCCCAGCCACCACAACCACAGCCUCAUCCGGAUUCGGUACUCUAACAGCCCCUGGUUUUGGGGCAGCCACCACCACCACUGCUGCACCAGCCACAGGCUUUAGCUUUGGCUCCACCAACACUGGAUUUGGGGGGCUGGGAGCUGGAAACACCACGGCUGGUGGGUUUAGUUUUGGGGGGUUCGGUUUAAAUGCAAACCCGGCAGCAGUCAGCUUUAAUGUGGGGUGCUUUGGUACAGCAACCACCACUGGCACAAUUUUCAAUUUUGGUAAUAGCCUGGCUAGCACAGGCGCAUUCGGUGGCUUUGGAACAACGACGACAACUGUUGCUGCACCAGGGGCAACAUUUAGCUUUGCUCCCCCCGCAACAGGAAGCCUGUUUGGUAACACGCAGAACAAAGGGUUUGGAUUCCCGACUGGGCUUAGCACAGCGACUGCUGCAGGAACAUCGGGAUUUGGAACUGGAACUGGACUAGGAGCAACUAGCCUGGGUGGCUUUGGAGGCUUUAAUAUCCAGCAGACUCAGCAGCAGCAAGGAGGCUUGUUCGGUCAGCAGGCGGGCCAGAAUCAGUCCACCCAGCUUUACCAGCAGGUCACUGCUCUGUCAGCUCCCACCUUGUUAGGAGAUGAGCGUGACUCCAUACUUGCCAAAUGGAACCAGCUGCAGGCAUACUGGGGCACAGGGAAGGGCUACUACAGCAACAACAACCCACCUGUGGAGUUCAAUCAGGAGAACCCAUUCUGCAGGUUCAAGGCGGUGGGGUACAGCUGCAUCCCGAUGAGUAAGGAUGAAGAUGGUUUAGUAGUCUUGAUUCUUAAUAAAAAGGAAGCUGAUGUGAGAGCUCAGCAGCAGCAACUGGUCGAGUCCCUCCACAAGAUCCUAGGAAGCAACCAGACCCUCACUGUCAAUGUAGAGGGUGUCAAAGCCCUGUCGAAUGACCAAACAGAGGUGAUUAUUUAUUUGGUUGAGCGCUCUCCCAACGGCACCUCCAAGCGAAUCCCAGCGAGUACCCUCUUCAACUAUCUGGAGCAGGCUAAUAUAAAGGUCCAGCUCACUCAGAUUGGAGUGGCCAUGUCAGUGACACGCACAGAGCUGUCCCCAGCACAGCUCAAACAGCUGCUGCAAAAUGCUCCUGCAGGAGUGGAUUCUAUUAUUUGGGAACAGGCCAAGGUGGACAACCCCGAUCCAGAGAAGUUGAUCCCAGUGCCCAUGGUAGGAUUUAAGGAGCUGCUCCGCAGGCUGCAGAUCCAGGAGCAGAUGACUAAACAGCACCAGACCAGAGUGGAUAUUAUCUCCAAUGACAUCAGUGAACUGCAAAAGAACCAAGCAACCACAGUGGCAAAGAUCGCCCAGUACAAGAGGAAGUUGAUGGAUCUAUCUCACCGAGUGCUCCAGGUGUUGAUCAAACAGGAGAUCCAGCGAAAAAGUGGCUACGCUAUCCAAGUGGACGAGGAGCACCUCAGGGUGCAGCUGGAUACCAUUCAGUCUGAACUCAAUGCCCCCACACAGUUCAAGGGUCGGUUAAAUGAAUUAAUGUCCCAAAUCCGGAUGCAGAACCACUUUGGAGCUGUGAGAUCAGAAGAGCGUUACAGUGUGGACGCAGACCUCCUCAGAGAAAUCAGACAGCACUUAAAACAACAGCAGGAAGGUUUAAGUCAUUUGAUCAGUGUCAUCAAAGAUGACUUGGAAGACAUCAAACUUAUAGAGCAUGGGCUGAGCGACAGCGGACACAUGAGAGGAGGCAUCCUCAGCUGAGUCUGCCCCACCAACCUGCACAUGCUCAGACACACAAUCCUCCAAAAAAAAAAAAUGGUGCAUCAGCCAUUUAAUUUAGAGGUAAUCUGCACUGUAGUUCCCUGAUAACCCCAGUGAUAUCUGAACCUGCCUGCUCAGAUGAUCAUUUUGACUAGAAUGUGCCUUUAAGUCCCCACGCGGACAGGUUUGUCAUUUGCCCCACUUUCUGUACCAGGUAAACACUGACUGGUUAAUCUGUGCUUUCUCAACUGACACAGCCCUAAUGGAAAAGACUCAACAAAGUCUAAUAAUAGCUGGGAUCCCUUAUGUCAAAUCAGAUUAUAAUUAUAAGACUACAAAUGUGACUGGCAUGUAAACAAGUUGUGUAUGUCACCAGUGAAGACAUUGUAAAUACAUGUUUGUAUUUCUUUUUUCUUUUUUAUCCUCCUAGAAUGUUAAUAAAUUUCAUUUAUUGAAAAAA